UGGAAUGAAUUGGAAAAGGGCUGUUGAAUUUGUUAAAUAUAAAAUUGAUUUGUGUAGAGAAACAAUGCCUAAUUUACGCAAACUUCAUGUAAUUACUGGGUAUGGAAGUACAAGUGGCCAUCUUUCUGUUAUACGUCAAAAACUUCAAAAAUUUUUAUCAAAUAAUGGAAUUGAUUUUUGUAUUUCACCUCAAAACCAAGGAGUGGUGGAAAUUCGUCUACAAGGAAUUCGGCAACGGUUGAGUGGGGUGGAUUGA